CCUGUGGCCUGUUUGGUGACCCCCCUACAGGAAGAUAACGGACAAGCCGGGAGGGCGGAGCCGCUGGCUGCACAUGUCUGCCUGCUCUUAUCAACUUAUCAUAUAAGGAAAGGAAAGUGAUUGAUUCGGACCCUGACACCACAGAAUCAGGGGCAGAGAGACAAAGCAGCGCUGACGCGGGUCUGGAAGGCGAAUGCAGCCCUCGCGGGGAGCAGGGCUCUUCUCCCCACUGUGAUCUGACAGUCUGCUGCGAGGCCAGAGAGGAGACGGCAGCAGAGACCAAGGUCGCAGCUGGGAAAGGAGGAACAGGAGGCUUUCCUUGAUGGACCUUGAGCCUCUGCCCCCGAGCCCUGCGUCUGAGAGGGCAGCUUAGCGCCGGGAGUCUCAUGCGCCUGGAAGUUUGCUGAGCGGGUGGUUUAUUACCGACAGACAGAAAGAAUGUGGCAGCUUGUUUUCUUGACUCUGAGCUGUGAUCUGGCCGUAGCCACAGCCCACAGCGGCUCUCGGAAGGGCAUGGACAUCGCCGCCGGGAAGAAGCAGUAUCAGGUUCAGCACGGAGCCUGCAGCUACACGUUCCUCCUGCCGGAGACGGACCACUGCCGCUCGCCCCCCAGCGCCUACGUGCCCAACGCCGUGCAGAGGGACGCGCCCCUUGACUACGACGACUCAGUGCAGAGGCUGCAGGUGCUGGAGAACAUCAUGGAGAACAACACACAGUGGCUCAUGAAGCUUGAGAAUUACAUCCAGGACAACAUGAAGAAAGAAAUGGUGGAGAUACAACAGAAUGCGGUGCAGAACCAGACCGCUGUGAUGAUAGAAAUAGGGACCAACCUGCUAAAUCAAACUGCAGAGCAGACCCGGAAGUUAACCGAUGUUGAAGCCCAAGUAUUAAAUCAGACAACAAGACUUGAACUUCAGCUUCUAGAACACUCCCUUUCUACAAACAAAUUGGAAAAACAGAUUUUGGAUCAGACCAGUGAAAUAACCAAACUGCAAGAUAAGAACAGUUUCCUGGAAAAGAAAGUUCUAGAUAUGGAAGACAAGCACAUAGUUCAACUUCGGUCAAUCAAGGAAGAGAAAGACCAGCUCCAGGUGUUAGUGUCCAAGCAAAAUUCCAUCAUUGAAGAACUAGAGAAACAACUGGUGACGGCUACGGUGAAUAAUUCAGUUCUCCAAAAGCAGCAACAUGAUCUGAUGGAGACAGUUAAUAAUUUACUGACUCUGAUGUCAACAUCAAACCCCUCAUACUCCUUGCUUGCCAAGGACGAACAAACUGUCUUCAGAGACUGCGGGGAGGCAUUCAAGUCAGGUUUGACCACCAGCGGCAUCUACACAUUGACGUUCCCUAACUCCACGGAGGCGAUCAAGGCUUACUGUGAGAUGGAAACGGGUGGAGGCGGGUGGACAGUUAUUCAGCGACGUGAAGAUGGCAGUGUUGAUUUUCAGCGGACUUGGAAAGAAUAUAAAGUGGGAUUCGGGAACCCUUCGGGUGAACACUGGCUGGGAAAUGAGUUUGUUUCGCAACUGACCGGUCAGAAACGCUACGUGUUGAAAAUACACCUAAGAGACUGGGAAGGGAAUGAGGCUUACUCACUGUACGACCACUUCUCUCUCUCGAACGAAGAGCUCAACUACAGGAUUCACCUUAAAGGCCUCACGGGGACAGCCGGCAAAAUAAGCAGCAUAAGCCAGCCAGGAAAUGAUUUUAGCACGAAGGAUGCAGACAACGACAAAUGCAUUUGCAAAUGCUCACAAAUGCUCACAGGAGGCUGGUGGUUUGAUGCCUGUGGGCCUUCCAACCUGAAUGGAAUGUACUACCCGCAGAGGCAGAACACAAACAAGUUCAACGGUAUCAAGUGGUACUACUGGAAAGGCUCGGGCUACUCACUCAAGGCCACGGCCAUGAUGAUCCGUCCGGCAGAUUUCUGAGCUCUGGCACACACCUGAGGGACAACGUCUUGCCCUGUUUCCAGAGACUUGAUCCCAAAGCACUAAAAGACUGCACGCUGUCUCCGCAUCCAGCUUGGACGAACUGCCCGCUCUCGGUGAGGAAGGGACCCGUGAGCUCCGUGCGAGCCCUGUGAGGUUUACCCCUUGAACCCGCAUCACUCGGUGAACCGACGCACAACCCCAGACAAGCCACAGCCUGGUGUGGUGACCUGGCAGAAAGCCUUCGGGAAGAUAACUCUAAGCCCGCGAAUGAGACUGACAACUUACAGACUCUGUUGUCACAACCAAGAAUGUCAUGUGCGAGUUGAUCAGUAAAUAACUGGAAAACAGAACACUUACGCCGUAUAGUAGAGAUAACCUUGGAACUGCAUUUUUCCAAGCACUGUUUAUAGACUGUGUAAAUAUCUAUACGUCCUGAAUUCAGCAUUGCUAUCAUAAUUAAAAGGAAGAAAAAAUUCUGUAAGCCAUAAAAAUACAUUAUAUAUUCAGGGAUUUUUGUGAGAAGUGGUUAUUAGUAGUUUUAAUAUUUGGAGUAGGAAAAACAUAGCUAAUGCAUUUUUAUGCCUCCUCUUAGGAGCUUUAAAUUUUCAUUUUGAGAAUAGCAUAUUUACAUGUUUAUUGAUAGCUUAGUUUUAAGUUAAUGCUCAAAUAUAUAUAUUUCAAAGUUUCCAUGGUGAACACUUUUGGGAUCUCUGAAAUUAUUAAUAGAAACAUGUGUUCUUUUAGUAUAUAUUAAGAUUGUACUAUUUUUUUCCUGCCUUGCUGUUAAAUAAGAAGGUAUUUUUAGUAAUUAAACAUAACUUAUUAGGUGAGAUGACCACACUUAACUUCUAUGAUAAUACUUACAGCAUUGUAAUUUGAUUCUGAAACAAAUGACUGUGCUUCAUGACAAGGAAAAUCUUGAUUUUUAAGGAAGAAAAUUAUACAUUUAAUUUCAUGACAAAGAGAUUUUCCUUUUACUUACUAUUCUAGAACAGAAGCCUUGUUUCUCUCCUACCCAGACGUAUUUUAGGGGAGUAGACUAUAAUGUAGCUUGUGGUUGAGAACAUCUUUCCAUUUGAAACACUUACAAAGCUAUAGGGCUCAAGCUAGAUUCACCCCACAAGUUAUUCAGGGGAAAAACAUAAUUUGCAUCAGUAACAAUAACUUAAAUCCUACUAAGCUUAAACCACGAGUCAACUUUAAAAAAAAGUGUUCUGGAGGGCAAAACCAAAAUCUGACACUAAUAUAACAAUAUAUGCAAAUAUUUACAGAGCAUUUCAAGAGCACAGAUUUAAGCUCAGCACUGUGAAAACUCCUAGAGUUUUAACUCUGUUGAAGUUUCAGGAUACAAUUAAUACUAAUGACCAUUUGUGUAAUGCCCCAUAAUUUGGAAGCCAUCUCUCAUAUAUUCACAUUUGAGUCAGAUGUUAGGAAACUCAGAGCCAAGUCUGCAGCCAGCGUUUACCUCUGUCUGUCUCACCUAAUGCUGUUCCACCACUAUAUUUUUUCUUAUGUAAUUUAUUUCACCCCCACACCUCCCCUUCCCCAACUUAGUUUCAUAACACCCAGGUGUUGCUGGGCAGACUAUGAACACACUUCCCACCAAGCUGCACCUUCCCAACAAAUGCAUGAACAAGUAAGGAACCUCCUGUCACCUAACAGCCCCUCUCACUGCGUGUGAGAAAGCGCUGGAAAUCUGACAGAGGCUGACGGUACACGCGGCUCUGCACCAAGCUGAGAAACAUCUGAUGGUGAGAAAAUGCCCCUGCUCCAGAGGAAACCACACGUUUUCAAUGACCUCAAUGACCGCAUGACAAACGCCGAGGUGGGGCAAUAAAAUACAGGAAAGACUGGCAACACGACACUUAAUUGACAGCACUGGUCCAUGCAGGCAGAUAAGGUGAAUUUCAAAGACAAACAUCACUAUGUUACUCAGUGAGACUCUCUCACGGCAGAGAAUGGGGAGAAUCUGCAUCUUUCCUUCACACUUCAACUCCUUACCUGGCAUUUCAAACAACACAUCUUGCUGAGAGGAAUUUUCCUCUUCUUAAGAAAACAUUUAGAAAGCCAAGACCAAAUCAAAACAGCAAUCUCAAAAAUGGAAACAGAAACGACAACUAAAUAAGCCCCAGGAAGGGAGAGUUCAAUUUCUAACUAUGUGACAGUCAUAUGGCAUUCUCAAACAGCUGAAAAACCUGGAGACGGGUCACAGAUUACAGAUCAUCAAUUAUCUUUCAGGCAUAACCUUUUGAAAGAAUAAUCUGUUACAAACCAGUUAACAUUUGAAAACAAAAGACAACUUCUGCACAAUCUGACUUCCAAACAAACCUGAAAUUACCUACUUAUUAACCUUUAAAAACACUGGAACCUGGAACUUUCCCAUUAAGAAUGUGAAAUACCAGAAAGUCAGUAAAGCUGAAGCUAAGUUUUAGAAAAAAUCACCAAAACAGAAAGACCACAUCACAAUGCUGCAAUUUUUAUACCUAUCGGUUCCAUCUGUUAACAGUAACAGCAUCAUUAUUUGAAGUAGUAAGCAAGAUAUAAUAGCACUUUCUCAAGAAUCUUGUCUUCUUUCAUUUUUGUGUUUCUUAAUCCUAAGGACUUUCAUAAUUAAAUUUUUUUGGGAUUACAUUUCUCAUGACUUUUUGAGGAAUGGUCUCACAUUUAUUCUCACAAAUAGACAAAAUGUGUUAACUUCUGCAAAUGUGUCA